UGUCACACGUAUUGGGUCCAUUUACUACUGCUGUGAGAGCUCAUCAGCUGUUUGGAGAAGUGUGCAUGAUCUGAAGAAUGGGAAGGAGUUACUUCGUAGAUGAAGCUGUAGAGGAAUACCUUAGUGGUCUUCAGGCAGCUCCUGGAUCAUGUGUCACAGGACUCCUCGCUGGUCACUCGUCUCCUCAGAGGGAUUUUGUGGUGUUAGCAGUGCAGACUCCUCACAGGGAGAGCGAGGGGCAGACAAAAGCUACAGCUGGAGGAAGUGCACUUGAUGAUAUUGAUGUGGCGUGGCUGACAGAACAUGCCAAGCAGGUGUCUCGCAUGCUGCCGGGAGGUCUUUGUAUUCUUGGCCUGUUUAUAGUAACUCCGCCUGAACUCUCCAAAGAUGCCAACAACACUUUAAAAAGGCUUUUAUUUGCCAUGGAUAAGUACAUAACUAAGGGAAGACUGUGGGACCUGUCAGAGGAGGACGUGACUGAGCGAGUCACCCUGCACAUCUGCUCCAAAACGAAGAAAGCUGUCUGCAAAACAUUUGAUGUAAAAGAUCCAAAGAGUUCGGCCAAGCCAGCAGACUGGAAGUAUCAGACAGGAGUCUCUUCACCCUGGCCUAUGCUAACCUGCUCUGUUGAGGUGGAUCUGCAGAUCCCUCUCAUAGGAUCUUCCUCUAAUAACAUAGAAACUUGCAUGAAGGAUGGUCUUAUGAGGUGGGCUAAACAGAUUGAGGCUGGUUACUGUCUCAUAAGUGGCAGACAGGCAUUAGAUGACACUGAACUCUUCAUAGGACAGAAAAAGAACCCAAAGACAAGCCAUCGUCAGAUACUACCUGUGCGGAUCCUUGUCUCAAAUGAGAAGUCAGAUGUGGACGAGCGGUGCAGUGCUGUGGUUCAAGUGUGCAGUGGCUCCAUGAGAGUUCGAGGAGUCGUUCACUGCAGGGCUUAUAUAAACAGCAACAAACCUAAAGCCAGACAUGCAGUGCAGGCUAUUAAAAGAGACAUCAUAAACACAGUUUCCUCUAGAGUGGAGAUGUUUCUAGAAGAUCUUUUAAUGAGUGAAGGGAGUCACAAAGGUCUUUCCACUGGCCAACAGGCUCUUCCUCGCCGUGUGUUUGCCCCAAUGCCCUUUUCCAGCCUCUCUGUGUGUGACUACAUGUUCCCAGAUGAAAACACAGCUGAUGUGGCGGAGCGUCUGAAAGAGAUGCUGGACUGUGAAACACCAGUAGAGGACAUAGACAUCAGUCUGGAAAGCAACCAGUUACUUUCCACUGGAUCAGUGAUAACUGACAGCCACAGUGAUGAUUCCAAUGAACAUAUCAACUCAGUAGUCCAAGAUGAAAAUCUCAAAAUUCAGAAAGCACCGCAAUACUAUGCUGGUGUUGCAGUAUCAGCAGCCAUUGCUCUCCUCGCCACGGCCGUAUCUCUGCUGUAUCUGAGUGAAUGAAAAUGAAAAUAUUGAAUAUGUUAGCAUGAGUGUACAAGUGAGUAUGUGUAAUAUACUGUGUGAUCUUAAAAAAUGAUUUCAAGUAUAAUUCUUAAAUAGAGCCAUUAUAUUGUAAAAAAAAUAUAUAUAUACACAUACAACUAUUUGACAGUCAUUAACACUACACAAGAUUUACCUUCUCACCUCACUGAUGGCUUCAUUCUUUUGACAUGAUUUGAAAAUAAAACAUUAAGGUCAGGUCUGCUGUUUUCAAAAAUGGUUUGUUGAUGGA